AUGUAUGUUACUGCUCCUGAAAACCUUCCAGUGGGACAAGAUAUGGAGAGCAUACUGCUUGUGGGAAAUGGAGGGAAGGCCCACGGUCCCGACAAUGUUUGGGCAGGGUACCUCGUCCCAGGUGGAUCGCCCACCUUACUGCUGCAUAGACCUGCUGUGUAUCCCGGCCCCGGCCCCGGCCCCGGCCCCGGCCCCGGCCCCGGCCCCGGCUCGACGUCCUCUAGCCCUUCUUCCCAGCACUCAGGACGGCGGAUUUCAGAUGACCAAAGGCCACCCUGUGACAACAGGGUCGGAACCACGGCACUUCCGCCUGCGGCCGGUGAGACUACAAAUCCCAGCAGCCCCGCGCAAGUCUCGUCCCACUACCACCUCCUCCCAUCACGACUCCCAGAACUCUCCGCGAGACGCCAGGGCCUCGAAAUAGAACAAAACCGGCCGGUGGGGGAGGGGGAAGGUGAUGGUCUCGGAGGACACAGGGGGUUAGAGAGCUCUCUGCAGAUGCCGAAGACCCAAGCAGGCCUGCCGCCUCCCUCUCCCCGCCCCACAACUGCUAGGCGCGGAGACCGCGGCCUGUUCCCCGCGCCUCCCGGGAAGCUGAGGAAGGUCCCGGACAGGCUUCCCCGCCGGCUCCUGCUAAGAGGUCCGCAGACCCUAGCCCGGUGUCCCCCUCCCUCUCAUAACGUUCCCCGCACACCGGCGCAAACCUCCGGCUCAGGAACCGCAGCAGCUUCGCUGUCCACGGCAGACGCAGAAACGCCGUUCACAAGCCUUUUCCCAGAAGCCCCCGGCGCGGGCUGCUUCCGGUCUGCGGGCCUGAGGAGGCGGGGAGAGAGAUGAGUUCUUCCUAUGUUUCCCAGGCUGCUCUCCAACUCCUGGGCACAAGUGACCCUCCUGCCUUGGCCUCCUAAAUUGCUAGGAUUGCAGGCAUGAGCCACCGUGCCUGGCCUCCAUUCUAUUAUUCUUAAUUAUUUGUAAACUACUAAAUGGAAACCACAGUAAGGUUUUCCUCACUAAGUUACUCCUUUGAGGGCAGGGGCUACUAACACCCACUUUGAAACACCAUCCUUCUGAGGUCCUCUGGGAUUUUUUCCUGAAUGGUGGCCCUUGUUGCUAUCUUAAAGAUCUAGUCAAGAUAAAACAUGUUCCUCUGGACAACCUGAAUGGAGGGAGCAGCUUCAUACCGGGGCCUGACAACCUUGCACAUAUCCACAUAGGCCACAUAGGCAAUGCCUGAACCACAGCUGAUCUGAGUCUUGGCAGAACACCUUGGGAUCCUCCCAGAAGAUGAGUGCAUGAGAGGCUUGUAAGCAGCUACUGCAAGGCCAUUUCCCACUCAGCUCUCUGUCUUCCAAAGAGACUAUCAUGAGGCAGUUUCUAUUGCUUCCUGGGUUCCAAUGAGCCAUUCUGCCUUACCCUCUUAGAGUACAGCUGCAGGUUAUAACAAGGCUUAGCUGCAGCAUGGCAUUAACCCCUCAGCAACAAGGUGUCCACAGUGUACGCUGUAGUCAUCCAGCCCCUUCUGUUUUGGUGUCAUCAUUUUGGUAUCUGAGACAAAAGCUCGUGGAGAGCUGGCACUUGCUUUUGCUUUCAAUGUCUGUGCAAAUAAUAAUAUGUCUAAAUUCAAAAAGGGUUCAUUUCUUUACCAGCCAAAUCUUUCAACCUUGCCUUGAUACCAAACAUCCGAUUCAUUAAUUAAUGGUAAAACAAACAAAAUGACCAGACAGAUACUACCUGGGUACCAGAGAUAAUAGAGAUGAAUAAAAUGAAGUCAUGAUUCCGUCUUUGUUUUUCCCUUAAAAAGAGAUGAGAUCUCACUCUCUUGCCCAGGCUGGAGUGCAGUGGCGUAAUCACAGCUUGCUGCAGCCUGGAACUCCUGGUAGGGAUCCUCCCGCCUCAGCCUUCUAAAACGCUAGGAGUACAGUUGUGAGCCACCAUGUCCAGUUUGAUUCCUUCUUUUAACAUUACCAUCUUGUUAAGGAAAUAAACAACAACAACAGAAAAAAACAAGUAUUCACAAGGCAGUGUAGAAGUGCUACAGUAGAGAAAAGCAGAAGGCCUGUAAGGGCUCCUAAAUGAGAUAGUGUGCUGAGAGGGAAGGGAGGCACCCUGAAAUGGAGGAAGCCAGCCAGAAAAGUUUUCAGGCUGGGCAUAGUGGCCUGCACCUUUGGUCCCAGGUACUCAGGAGACUGAAGUGGGAGGAUUGCUUGAACCUGAGGGGUUGAGGAUGCAGUGAGCUCUGAUCGCAUCACUGUACUUAAGCCUUGUGGACAGAGUGAGAUCCUGAUAAAAAAAAAAAAAAAAGUGUUCACACUGGAAGGAAAGCAUAGACCUUCAGAUUUGGUGUUAUCAGAUUCCAUCCAAGACUGAUUUUUUUUCCAGGCUUUGGAGCUCUCAGUCCCCUUCAGCUCAAAAGUAUCUCCCUCUGGGCACUUUAAGUACAUUGCUUAAAGAUUCCAUUUUAGCUAGUAAGUAUACAGUAUGAGGAGUCUUUUGAUUGCAAGUGACUGAAAACCUAAUAGGCAAGCAUCAUUAGCUUCCCACAUGAAGUGCUUUCCCUUGCUUCUAAUACACUCCUGAUUUUUUUGGAUGGAGAGGGGGAACAGUGUGCCCAGCUGUAAGCAACAAAGUGUAAUUGAGCUAAGCUAUCCAUGACCAUUCUGCUUCCCUGUGCCAGACACUCACUUUGCCUUUCUGGCACCGAGGAAUGAGUAUGUGAUUCAUUUCUGGUCCAUGAGAUAUAAGGGGAAAUAGUUUGUAUCUUUGAAGAAAUAUGUCUAAUUCAUUUAAGUUGUCAGAUUUAUUGGCAUAAAGUUGUUCACAAUUAUUUCCUUAAUAUCAUUAAUGUCAGUUCCUUAAUAUCUUUUUAAUGUUUGUAGGGAUGUCCCCUCUUUCAUUCCUGACAUUGCUAAUUUCUGGUUUCUUUUUUCUUAAUCAAGACUUCAAGUUUUGCUCGAGGCUUAUCAAUUUUAUUAAUUUUUCAAAGAAUCAACUUUUGGCUUUGUUUAUUUGUUUCAUUAUUUGUUCUCUAUUUAUGGAGUCCUUCUCUUAAUAAAAUUAACAGACAGAAAAAUAUGGCACUUUUGAGGGGGCAGAUAUUUCUGAGUUUUAGAUUUGUGAAACGACCACCAAAAUCAUGACACAGAAUAGUUCCAUCAUUCUAUAAAACUCCAUCAAGUUGUACUCAUGCCUUCGCCACAUCCCAAUUCAUGGCAACCACAGAUUUGUCAUCUGUCACAAUAGUAUUGACUUGUCCAGAAUGUAAUAAAAAUGGAAUCAUAAAGUAUGU